GUAUAAAAGCAGGGCUCUUUCUAGAGCUUCAUGGAAUCUUUACUUUAAGUCUGAAAAGCAACGAUCUGAAAAACCAAGGUUCAUUAUGGCAGUGCUGAGAUCUCUUCUGCUUCUUAUCACUAUUUAUUCCAUGAUUAAUGCAGAAGAUGAAAAAUGCCCCAAUGGAUGGACACAUUUUGGAGUUAAAUGCUACAAGUACUUCUCUGAGGCAUUUAACUGGAUCACUGCGGAGAGAUUCUGUCAAACUUAUGAUGCAAAUCUUGCUUCUGUGCGUAAUAAAUUGGACAAUGAUCAUCUGCUGAGCCUGGUGCCUUCUUCCACACGUUUUUGGGUUGGCGCACAGGAUGGUGAAGAAGAAGGAAAGUGGAUUUGGAGUGAUGGAAGUCCCUUUAAUUACACCAGCUGGUGCUCUGGAGAACCUAACAAUGUAGGAAAUGAAGAGCACUGCCUGGAGCUGGCCUAUAGCUAUAACAAUUGCUGGAACGAUCUGACAUGUUCAGUACAACUUGCCUUUGUUUGUGCAAAAAAGAUCCAAGAUCACAAGAAGUCAUCCUACUCCAUUGUUACAUGAUUGUACAUACAUUUACAUUUUCUGGUCUUAUCCUUUACAAAACAUCUUAAGUUAAAAUUAAAGAGAUAGUUUACCCAAAAGUGAAUAUUACAACAAGAUUUACUCAUCCUUGAGCAAACCAGUA